ACAUUGAAGACUGAGACUGACGCACGCGCGCUAGAGAGAGAGACAUAUAUCAAUAAUUUGCGACGUAUACUUGCUCGGCAUCAUGAUCUACUGCGUAGAAAUGACGGCAAGGCUUGCUGGCAUGCUGUUACUGGCCGUUGCGUUAGCUGAUUGUGGCCCAGGGAUCGAACUUAAAGGUACUCCCUCGUUCAUACGUCAUAGGGUAGUCAGAGGUGACCCGGUUUUGGCCGCUGGAACGUGGCCAUGGCAGGCUCUGGUGUUAAACGAAGGCAACGUUCACUGUGGCGGAUCCCUCAUCAACCCGUGUCACGUGCUCACGGCGAAGCACUGCGUUCAAGGUCGCGAUCCUACAAAGCUGGCCGUCGUGAUGGGAGAGCACCAGCGUUCUGUGGCCGAAUGUCGAGAGCAGACGCGGAGAGUAAUUCGUUUCAUUCAACACCCGUCGUGGGACCUCGCCAUUCUUCAGCUAGAGCAGAGCUUUGCGAUUAACCAGUUUGUGAAGCCCGUCGAUCUAGCAACCGUAGAGCCUACGAUACCCAGUCAGACCAUAGUCACCGGAUGGGGUCAAAUCGAUCCGAACACGGUGAUCGGCGGUAGGUUGGCCGAUACGCUGCAGUUUCUACAGAUUCCGGUCGUUGACAAGUCCAAAUGUAUCGCCGAGGGUAUUCCUGUUUCUUCCGAGCAGCUGUGCGCAGGCAAAGCUACGGGACUGUACGCCAACGCCUGCUAUGGUGAUUCUGGUGGACCUAUGGUGCAAUGGAGACAGGGCAAAUAUCAGCAGGUGGGGGUCGUUCAGGGUGGGAAAGCGGGCUGUCCGGACAACAGUCACUACGCGGUGUAUGUGAGCGUCCCGCAGGCUUACAGCUGGAUAAAGCAACAGGUUUGCCAACGCAACAGAUGCAAGGUCUCGCUCAACGAGCGCUGCAAGGUUAUUGGCGAGGUUGGUAAACCCAGAUUUAAUGCAGAGAAAACACAGAAUGGUUAA